AAAGCCUCGCUUCACAGCUUCUUCCUCUUCAUCAUUACAAUUUUCCGAACGUUUCGGCUCUAAAAUUGUUCGGCAGGCCUGGUUGUGACCUGAGCCAGCAUUGGGUUUCACCUCUUGCGGUGCUGAUCUUUCUUCUUCUACGUUUGGGUUUGAGAGGAUUCAAGGAAGAGAGAUUAUGAGGAGGGCAAAAAAGAAAAAGAUUUUUCUUCCUUCCUAGUUGAGCAUUGUGUCAAAAUGUUCAGUCGUUAGAUUCCAGUUCCUUUUUAUUUGAGAAGGCAUAGGCAUAUCUAUUUUAGUGUAUGUGCAUAAGAUUAUCAUGAAUGCAAGUAUAAAGCUUUUUAUAUUAGUCUUACUUAGCUAUUGGAUGAUCAUAAUGACAACCAUCGUGCGGUGAAUCCAGUUAGUAGGAUUUGAUCUUCCAAGUUGCGCAUCACAUGAGAUAAUGAUCUGGGUUUGUAGGAUUUGGUCUUAAGGGAUUCUAUAUCGGUGGGAUGAGAUAAUUGAUAGCUUACACUGAAGCUAUUCCACAAGAGUCGGGACACCUUGAUUUUGUGAAGAAUCUUGCGGUCCAACAUUGUUUAGCUGGUUCUCAUGGGGAGUGUUAUUGAUGUUGCAAUUGAGGAGAAAAUGCCCUGCUUACAGGAGGGUAGCUUGACUGGGAGAAAGCCCACAGUUGUUUUUGUUUUGGGUGGACCUGGCAGUGGAAAGGGUACCCAAUGUGCCAAUAUUGCUCAGCACUUUGGCUUCACACAUCUCAAUACUGGUGACCUUCUCCGAGCGGAAAGCAGAUCUGGUUCUGAAAAUGGAACUAUGAUCCAGAAUAUGAUUAAGGAGGGAAAGAUUGUGCCUACGGAAGUGACAAUCAAGCUCCUGCAGAAAGCGAUGCAGGAAAGUGGAAAUGACAAGUUGCUUAUUGAUGGUUUCCCUCGGGAUGACGGAAGUCGUGCUGCAUUUGAAGCUGUUAUUAAAAUUGAGCCAGAAUUCGUGUUGUUUCUUGAUUGUUCUGAGGAAGAGAUGAAAACGCGCUUGUUGAAUAGGAAUCAGGGAAGAGAAGAUGACAACAUAGACACAAUAAGGAAAAGGUUCAAGGUGUUCAGGGAGUCUACCCUCCCAGUCAUCGAGUAUUACAAUUCCAAGGGAAAAGUCAGAAAGAUUGAUGCUGGAAAGCCUGCUCAAGAGGUCUUUGAAGCCGUCAAAAUAAUUUUUACCUCAAAAUCAGAGAAGGUAAACCGCUGCGGUUGCAUCAUCUUAUAGGCCUCCUUUGCUGUGAAAAUCACUGAAAGGAACAGAUCAGUGUUGAUCAAUUGGGCUGUAUCGUCUUCACAAGGCGAUGUGAUGCUAUAUGUUUAUUAGAUAACAUUUAAUGCAAUUAUUUAGCAUAAUGAUGCAGCUUAAGAAAACUUUGCAUCUGUACAUCGGUCUAACUAUGUAAGGCUUCUAUCUUUCCACAGCCAAAAUGGCUCCAGUCACGUCCUACGGCUAUUUGUACCCUCGUUGAACUCUCUGACACUAAAGUUUUUCAUGUUCUAUAAUCGUUUUGAAGAGAA